AUACACUGCUCAGCUCUCUAUCCCUUGUGUUCCAGAAUGCUUCCUUGUAGAGUGCAGAAUCUCAGAGGAAUACGUGUCAGGAAACACACCGCUCCUCUCCACUGUGUCCUGCUCUUUCUCCUCCUCUGCAAUGCUCAGACAGGUGAAGCUGAGUUCCUGGGAGGCUCCAAAGUCGUUUUUCCCGGUGGAUGCCGUGAGCCCUGGAGGCUGAGUAACGGCACGCAGAUCCCUGAGCUCUCCAAUCUCACAGUGUGUCUUAACAUCAGACUGACUGCGCCCGGCCCUUGGGAAGCCUUUACUUACAAGACUUCGACAGCAACUAAUUAUGACCUGGGGAUUGUUGGGAGCGAUGGGUUGAUCACUGUCUGGCUGCUGGAUCAAUCUUUCAGCCUGUCCCAGAUAUUACCUGUAAUGACGUGGAACGCUCUCUGCUUGGAAUGGAAUGGAAGGGACAGCAGGCUAUCGCUCAGAGUGAACAGAAGCCAGUUUCAGAGCAACGUCACUGGUGAUACUAUCCCCGGAAAUGGAACACUGUUGCUGGGCUGUUCGGGAAACAGCACGGCCGCGGGCCUGGGGGAGAUGUACUUAUUCAGGCUGUGGGAUACAUCAAGCGGUCACCCUGCCAGCCCCUGUGAGAACGGCAAUGUCAUUGGCUGGGAUGGCAAACAGUGGAGCUUCAACCGAAGCACUCUCAUCCCUGACCCCUCUCUGCAGUGCACAAGUAAUACUACAACCAGUUAUGUUUCAGAUGGCACAUGCGAUUUUUCUCAAUUUUGCAUUGACUCAGAUGACUUCUACAUGAUAAGAGCAGAAGUCACAUCCAAUGCCAGCAACAAAACAGAAUCAGAUGUUAGGGCUUGGCUCACUGGCAAAUUCAACAUCUCAACUAAUUCAACAUGCCUCACAACUGUGUCCAGUAAUGACACUGUAAAUAACAGCAAGUCAGCAUUGGGCGACCCUGUUAACUGCUCGGCAUCUUUAGAGUACAUUCUGAAGGCUAUUGCCGUGACCUGUGAGACAAAAGAAAACAUCAGUAUGACCAACUGCUCAAUAGCCCUGCAGCUGAAGAAGGGGACUAACACGUGUCUCAUCUGGUACCUGCUCACAAAUCCUCAAAAUCACACACUCCAGUUAACAUCAACUGGGAAACUCUUUCAUGCAGCCAGAUGCUACUGUCACCAGAGAGAUGAGCUCACUACAACAUUCUCCUGGUUUCCCAUGGCACAUAAUCUCUCCAGUGUGUGUGCUGCAAACAGCAGCCUCAGCAUGGCAUGUAAAAAUGGAGAAACGGUCUGGGUUCCUCUAAAUGAGACCAGCGUGCAAUACUGCUUUGAUCAGAAGGACAUUCCAGGGAAUACAACAGAAACAAAGAAACAGUGUGAUUUUUCUGAAUUCUGCCGUAAAAAAAGUUCAUAUUAUAUGAUGAGAAUACAAAUAUUCCCUGGAACUCGCAAACUAAAGGAAGCAGAUGUUAAGAACUGGUUUUAUCAGGUGUUGAACAACUCAGGGUGCAUUGAGAUGGGACUGGACAACUCCAGCAAAGGGACCUGUACUAGGAUUCCAAAGAUUUUUAACAUUGAGGGUGUUGGUGUCUACUGUGCAGAAGAAGACAGUGUGAACAACUGUACUGUGAUCCUGAAAAUAGCACGAGUGUGGGAUGGAUGUUUUAUUCCCAUACUGAAUCAGAUCGAUGAUAUAAAUCUACAGCUAAAAUUUUCUGAUGAAGUGCUGAAAGUGGCGUGGUACGGUGUUCCUUCAGGAGCUGAUCCACUGCAGGCUUCCCAGUUCAUCUGGCUCCCUGCUCCUGUUACUCCCACUGUGGUGUGUGCCGCAAACUACAAGCUCAACCUUACAUGCAAUAACAACACUACAAUCUGGGUUCAUCUGAAGGAGUCUGAUAUAAACUGUGGAGGUGAAAAUGGAACUACAGUGAAACCUUCUGGAACGACUGUAUCUUCUGGAACAACUGUGCUUAACCCUAGCACUACCCCUAACCCUACAGCUCCAGUCAAUAACGCGAUAGGGGAGGCAUCUGCUCUGUUAAACAUCACAGAACACAUGGCAAACCUCAGCUCAGCGGAUAUCGAAAACCUGAUGAACAGGCUGGAUGCUCUUCUGACUGGGUCUGUGGACAAAAAGCUAGCCGGGAUAGUGGUCAACGUUGUCAGCAAUGUGCUCAACGCCCCUGCAGAAACUGUGGCCUCGUCCUCCAAAAAAGUUAUACAGGUAGUGGACAAGGUGGGCCUGAAUCUGGUCUUCGAUAGUGAGUCAGUGAACCUAACCUCGCCCGCGCUGACCCUGGCUGUGAAGAAAGUCAAUAGCAGCCACUUUGAGGAGUCGUCCUUUUCCAUUGCAGACACUUCCAAUUUUCAGCUCAUGCCAGGAAGCCAGACCCCUUCCUCCGAUGCAGCAGCCAUCACUCUACCAGCCUCCCUGAUGUCCAGCUUAUCACUGGAAAACCAGGCCUUGGCUUCCAGAGUCCAGUUCAGCUUCUACGAGAAAAGCACUGUGUUUGUGGACAAGUCGAAUCCGAACAGAUCGUUGAACAGCUACGUGAUUGGAGCUAGCGUUUCAAACCUAUCGAUAGUCAAUCUGCAGCACAGUGUCAUCAUCACCUUGAAGAACACCAGGCCCGUUCAGGAGAACUCCACUGCAGUGUGUGUGUUCUGGGAUUCCACGAGAAACCAAGGGAAAGGAGGCUGGAAUGAAGAUGGCUGUUCUGUUUUGAAGAAUACAACCAAUGAAACCGUCUGCGGAUGCAACCAUCUUACAAGCUUUGCUGUGUUGAUGGAUUUGUCAAGAACUAACACAACGAAUCCGGAGCAACUCAGAAUCCUGACUUUCAUCACAUACAUUGGCUGUGGCAUUUCAGCGAUUUUCCUCUCUGUGACUCUCGUGACCUACCUUUCAUUUGAGAAAAUCCGCAAAGACUACCCAUCCAAAAUCCUGAUUCAGCUGUGCACCGCUCUGCUCUUCCUCAACCUGGUGUUCCUCAUCGACUCGUGGAUCGCACUGUACAAGGACGUGCCGGGGCUGUGUUUGGCUGUCGCUGUGUUCCUCCAUUACUUCCUGCUGGCCUCCUUCACCUGGAUGGGGCUCGAGGCGUUCCACAUGUACCUGGCGCUGGUCAAAGUCUUCAACACCUACGUGCGCAAGUACAUGCUGAAAUUCUGCAUCGUCGGCUGGGGUAUGUGGGAUUGACACUCGUGCACAAUGGUGGAGGGCCUUCAGCAAUGGAAAGCAGGGGCGUCCCAAAGUUGGCCAUUCCACUCCUGGUCUUUGUUCCAACCCUGUUCUAAAUUGUUUAAUUGAACCAAUGAAACCUCCA